UUGAGAAAGGUGUCGAGGGGAAGUUUCCUGACAGGAAUUUCUUAAGCUGUCCAUUGGUAGGAUAGCAAGAGAGCCUUGGAUGUCAACACCUAACGAACUCUUGGGACCAGCUACCAAACCACGAAAAGUGACUUUCUUCCCAAGUGCUCUCUCCAGCCUUUCUGAUGGAAGCAGAAUUGGGGAGCAGCAUGGAGACAGGAAAGGGGACCAACAGAGGCACUCGAAUCGCCCUGGCUGUGUUCAUUGGUGGCACCCUGGUGCUAGGCACGAUCCUCUUUCUAGUGAGUCAAGGUUUCUUAAGUUUCCAAGCUAAACAGGAGUACUGCCUGAAGCCAGAAUGCGUCGAAGCCGCUGCUGCCAUAUUGAGUAAAGUGAAUCUGUCUGUGGAUCCUUGUGAUAAUUUCUUCCAGUUCGCUUGUGAUGGAUGGAUAAACAGUAAUCCAAUUCCGGAAGAUAUGCCAAGCUAUGGGGUUUACCCUUGGCUGAGACACAAUGUUGACCUCAAGUUGAAGGCACUUUUGGAGAAAUCAAUCAGUAGAAGGCGGGACUCUGAAGCCAUACAGAAGGCCAAAAUUCUUUAUUCAUCUUGUAUGAAUGAAAAAGCGAUUGAAAAAGCAGAUGCCAAACCACUGCUCUAUAUCCUGCGACAUUCACCAUUCUGCUGGCCUGUGCUUGAAGCUAAUAUUGGCCCUGAAGGAGUUUGGUCAGAGAGAAAAUUCAGCCUUCUGCACACACUUGCAGCAUUCCGUGGUCAAUACAGCAAUUCUGUGUUCAUCCGUUUGUAUGUGUCCCCCGAUGACAAAGCAUCCAAUGAACACAUCUUGAAGCUGGACCAAGCAACACUCUCCUUAGCUGUGAGGGAAGACUACCUUGACAACAGCACGGAAGCCAAGUCUUAUCGAGAAGCCCUUUAUAAAUUCAUGGUGGACACUGCUGUGCUUUUAGGAGCUAACAGCUCCCGAGCAGAGCAUGACAUGAAGUCAGUGCUUAGACUGGAAAUUAAGAUAGCUGAGAUAAUGAUUCCACAUGAAAACCGAACCAGUGAGGCUAUGUACAACAAAAUGAACAUUUCUGAACUGAGUGCUAUGAUUCCCCAGUUUGACUGGCUGGGCUACAUCAAGAAGGUCAUUGAUACCAGACUGUACCCCCACCUGAAAGACAUUGGCCCCUCUGAAAAUGUGGUGGUCCGUGUCCCGCAGUACUUUAAAGAUUUGUUUAGGAUAUUGGGCUCUGAGAGGAAGAAGACCAUUGCCAACUAUUUGGUGUGGAGAAUGGUUUAUUCCAGAAUUCCAAACCUUAGCAGGCGCUUUCAAUAUAGGUGGCUGGAAUUCUCACGGGUAAUUCAGGGGACCACAACUUUGCUACCUCAAUGGGACAAAUGUGUCAAUUUUAUUGAAAGUGCACUUCCUUAUGUUGUUGGAAAAAUGUUUGUGGAUAUACACUUCCAGGAAGAUAAGAAGGAGAUGAUGGAGGAAUUGAUUGAGGGUGUUCGCUGGGCUUUUAUUGACAUGCUGCAGAAAGAAAAUGAGUGGAUGGAUGCAGGGACAAAAAAGAAAGCCAAAGAAAAGGCAAGAGCUGUUUUGGCAAAAGUUGGCUAUCCUGAUUUUAUAAUGAAUGAUACUCAUGUUAAUGAAGACCUCAAGGCAAUCAAAUUUUCAGAAUCGGACUACUUUGGCAAUGUCCUGCAAACCCGGAAGUAUUUAGCACAGUCUGAUUUCUUCUGGCUAAGAAAAGCUGUUCCAAAAACAGAGUGGUUUACAAACCCAACAACUGUCAAUGCCUUCUACAGUGCAUCUACCAACCAGAUCCGGUUUCCAGCAGGAGAGCUCCAGAAGCCUUUCUUUUGGGGAACAGAAUAUCCUCGAUCUCUGAGUUAUGGUGCUAUAGGAGUAAUUGUUGGACAUGAAUUUACACAUGGAUUUGAUAAUAAUGGUAGAAAAUAUGAUAAAAAUGGAAACCUGGAUCCUUGGUGGUCUAUGGAAUCAGAAGAAAAGUUUAAAGAAAAAACUAAGUGCAUGAUUAACCAGUAUAGCAACUAUUAUUGGAAGAAAGCUGGCUUAAAUGUGAAGGGGAAGAGGACUCUGGGAGAAAAUAUUGCUGAUAAUGGAGGUCUGAGGGAAGCUUUUAGGGCUUACAGGAAAUGGAUUAAUGAUAGAAGGCAGGGAGUCGAGGAGCCUCUCUUACCAGGAAUCACAUUUACCAACAACCAGCUCUUCUUCCUGAGUUAUGCUCAUGUGAGGUGCAAUUCCUACAGAGCAGAAGCUGCCAGAGAACAAGUCCAAGUUGGUGCUCACAGCCCCCCUCAGUUUAGGGUCAAUGGUGCCAUUAGUAACUUCGAAGAAUUUCAGAAAGCUUUUAACUGUCCACCUAAUUCUACAAUGAACAGAGGUGCAGACUCCUGCAGACUGUGGUAGCUGGAGCUCUGAUUUCUGCAGUACUGAGACAGCUGCCUGGUGCCAGCAGAGGUGGCACUGAGUACUCAUCACCCACUACUUUAGGCUUGUAUUCCACUGAGGACUUUUGUUUUUAAUGCGUGUUCAUUAUUUGGAUAGAUAGUUUGCUUAGAUCUAAACAAUAUCUUUUUAGAGUCAUGGGGUUUAAAAAAAGGAACACAUAAAAUGAACCAAGUAUGUUUCUUGAGAAAACAAAACCAACAAAAAAUAAAUCCCUAGGCUACUUUUGUUAAAA